CGUUCUACAGACAUACUUUGAAACACACCUGAAGGUUAAACUAGCUGUGAAGUUUUAUACCAUUGCAGGUGAUCCAAAAACAUCCAGUCAUUAGAGGGACACAACAGCAACUGGAGCAGAAGCCGUACCUGCCAACGUAUUGCAUGGAAGAACUGCAGACUCCACAGACCAAAGCCUUGGGUUCUUUUCCAACAUCACUCUCUGGAGGCAGCGUGCUGCAGUGAAGCAGCAAAUAUUAUCAAGGACCAGUAACUCUACAAAGAUGGUGGCUCUAACCCUGUCUACUCGUCCCACACUGUUGCUCACUGUUCUAAUGAGUAUAAUCUUGGUGACUUCUGCCUUCCCCCAACCCCACCUUCAACCACUGCCGAGAAACUCCCCUCUGGUUGGUCAAGACGAUUCCAAACAGGAACAAUGGGAGGUCCUCUAUCCUUCCAUCUCACUCCGCGACUGGAGCAUCCAGAUGUUGUCUGCCCCAGACUUUGGUGAAGCCAAGCCCAGGACCGGGCAGCUGAGUGUGAAUGAGUGGAUCCCCCUGAGCCAGUCACAGGUGGAAGAGAACCUGGAGAAGGGAUGGCCAGCUGACUGGCCCCAAAGAACGGGCAACCAGGAAAAGAGAAACAUUGUGGUAGCAGAUGAUGCAGCGUUCAGGGAGAAAAGUAAGCUUCUUACAGCCAUGGAGAGACAGAAAUGGCUGAAUUCCUACAUGCAGAAACUGCUGGUUGUUAACUCGAAAUGAAUGAAUAGUGUGCUCAAGGAUGUACAUUAUGUGUAUAAAUAAUGUUGAAUGUUAGCUGUGUGACAUCUCUGUUGACUGUUGAAAAAAGACCUUUAUAAAAAUGUUGUAAAAGAGAAAAAAUCUUUAUAUUUUAUGGUAAGAUGUUCAUUUGUGGU